AUGAAUGCGCAAAUUCCCCAAGAUGCUCAAGGCAUUCACCUCCCCCUGAAAAGUAUAUACUCAGCAUUUGAGCUCCUGAAGGAUGACGUUCAGAUUGCUCUGCAGACUCAGCUAGGAGCCGCAUGCCAUCUAGAGGAGAGGAUCUGCACUUGCCUUCGAUUUUGGGAGCAGACUCUCCAGCAUAGUCAACUCAUUCCACCUGCCAAUAUGGACGUAAUCUGCAGCAGCAUUCAUGACAUGCUCACUCAACUUCAGGCAGCAAAACUACAAUCUUCUGACACUGCAGAUAUGGAUGCUCCGGAACCUGCUAAGCUGGUGUAUACAGGAUGCCCAGGAUGCCCUUGAGUAGAAUUUGACCGUGAACUACUUGCAGUAUGUCUACAGUAUCGAGGGGUGACCGAACUUGGAAAGUUGUUUGGAACAUCUGCCAGGACAGUUCGCCAGGCAGCGAUUGCUCUGGGCUUGGCAGAACCUGCAUUGCCGGUAUAUUUUGAGUUUACUGAGAAUGGAGUAUGCUAUCGAGAGUAUUUUCCCGCUCCUUCCACUCUGUCCUCCUCCCUCUCCGAUAACAAACUUGAUUUGAUCAU